GUAACUUAUGCCUCAUUUUGAGAAUUCUGUUUCAAGACCAUCAGACUGAAUUCUUAGCUGUUUGAUUUAAGUUGAAUCCUCAACGAACAUGGCCCUUAGUAUUUUGCUUUUAGUCCUGAUAGUCACCCUCACAAUAUUCUACCUAUGGAUGAAAAACCAAUAUUCCUACUGGAAGAAGAAGAACAUACCUUACAUCAAACCAUUUCCAUUGAUUGGCAGCCUAAAGGAAAUUCUCACAAUGACGAGUUGUCCAGCUGAACAAUUGGCUGCUGUGUGUAACGAUAAAAGCGUGAAAAACCAUCCUGCUUUUGGAAUCUACUUGCUCAAUAGACCAAUUCUUGUCAUAAAAGAUCCUGCUCUGUCCAAACUUAUUCUAAUCAAAGAAUUCAAUAAGUUUUCAGAUCGUUUUGCUUCAGCGGAUCCUCAUGGCGAUCCAUUGGCAUUCAAUAAUCUAUUCUUUCUGAAAGGUGCUCCUUGGAGAGAGAUGCGGACCAAAGUGACACCAGUAUUUACCAGUGGAAAGUUGAAGCAAAUGUUUCCACUAAUUGAAGAGAUAGGAUUUGAGCUGAAUGAGUACCUGUGUCGAUUGACUAAAGACAACAAAACUUCUAUGCAGGAAAUCAAAGAAAUCAGCGCCCUCUUUGGAACCGAUGUUAUUGCAUCGGUAGCAUUUGGAAUGUAUGCCAAUUGUUUGAAAGAUGAAAACAGUGACUUUAGAAGAAAUGGAAAACCAAUCUUCAAAUGGAAUACGAUGAGAGCUUACGAAUUUAUUGUCAUGUUCUUCUUUCCACAAUUGGUUAAAUUAUUUCGUGCUAAGUUAUUCCCUACGGAAGCAACAAAGUUUCUGGUUGACUCCAUAAGUUUUGUAAUGGCUGAUAGAGCAAAAUCUAGAAUACCCAGAAAUGACUUAAUUGAUAUUCUUGUGAAGAUAAAAGAGACUUCAGAAGCUGAAGGUGAAGAUUUGGAUAAGAAGAAGCUAAUUGCACAAGCUGCUGUCUUCUUCGCUGCUGGGUUUGAGACUUCUUCGUCGAUUAUUUCAUUUGGAUUGCAUGAAUUGUCAAGGAAACCCGAAUUGCAGAAACGUUUGAGAGAAGAAAUUAAAGAGUCUCUUCUAGAAAAUGAUGGCAAAACCAGUUAUGAAUCCCUCAAUGCAAUGAAGUAUUUGGAUAUGGUAGUGCUAGAGGUGUUGAGAAUGUACCCACCACAACCAUUUCUCGAUCGAAUAUGUACUCUGCCCAAAGGUGAGGAGGAGUUCUCGUUGAGACCACACAUUGACUUGAGUAUUCCACAUGGAAUGCCAGUUUUUUUUCCACUCCUAGCCCUUCAAAGAGAUCCCAAGUUCUUUCCAAAUCCCGAUGAAUUUGAUCCUGAGAGAUUUUCCCCCGAAAAUAAGCCAAAAAUAAUACCAUUUUCAUACAUGCCAUUUGGGGUUGGACCACACAAUUGUAUUGGUGAACGAUUAGGAGUUUUCCAGUCGAAAAUGGGUAUUGUUAACUUUCUGAGGAGUCACUAUGUGGAACCCUGUGAAAAAUCCCACGAAAAAAUUAAACUAGAUCCUAAAGGUUUGCUAUUAAGUGCCAAAGGAGGAAUUUAUGUCAACUUAGUUAGGGAUUCAUUGAUUUGUUGAGACAUAAAAAUAACUUUGAUAAAGAAAAU